CCUUACGCACUUAGCGCGCCCGGAGAGAAGUGGUGCGGUCUGUGAAACGCGGGAGCGCGUGUUUGGUGUCGAGCGCAGUGCGUGCCUCCCCCUUUUCUCUCACACACAGGUCGGCAGCGGCCAUUUGUCUCCGUCAGCCGGGCACCGAGAGGGGACAACAGCACCAGGAACGGUUUAACUGAGCCUGCUGUCCUUGCUUGUAUCGCCCUUCGUCAUGUCGGCGCCGGCGGCUAAAGUCACUAAAAAGGAGGUGAACUCCAACCACGACGGCGCGGACGAGACUUCAGAAAAAGAGCAACAGGAAGCAAUCGAGCAUAUUGACGAAGUACAGAACGAAAUAGACAGAUUGAAUGAACAAGCCAGUGAAGAAAUUUUGAAAGUAGAACAGAAAUAUAACAAACUUCGUCAGCCAUUUUUCCAGAAGAGGUCGGAGUUGAUCGCCAAAAUCCCAAAUUUUUGGGUUACCACAUUUGUCAACCACCCACAAGUAUCUGCGUUGUUGGGUGAGGAAGAUGAAGAGGCACUUCACUAUUUGACACGAGUGGAGGUCACAGAAUUUGAAGACAUAAAGUCUGGUUACAGAAUAGAUUUUUAUUUCGAUGAAAAUCCAUACUUUGAAAACAAAGCGCUUUCUAAAGAGUUUCAUUUAAAUGAAAGUGGAGACCCCUCUUCAAAGUCAACUGAAAUUAAAUGGAAAUCUGGAAAGGAUCUGACAAAACGUUCUAGCCAGUCACAGAAUAAAGCCAGCCGGAAGAGGCAACAUGAAGAGCCAGAAAGCUUUUUCACUUGGUUUACGGACCAUUCCGAUGCAGGAGCUGAUGAGUUAGGGGAGGUCAUAAAGGAUGACAUCUGGCCAAACCCAUUACAGUACUACCUGGUUCCUGAUAUGGAGGAUGAGGAAGGGGAGGGAGAAGAGGACGAUGAUGAUGACGAGGAGGAGGAGGGAUUGGAAGAUAUUGAUGAGGAAGGUGAUGAAGAGGAGGUUGAAGGAGAGGACGAUGAUGAUGAAGAUGAAGAGGGGGAUGAAGCAGAGGUAUGAAGAUGAAGGUGAAGACGAUUAAACGAUUGCAUUGAUGGAUUCCACCCUUUUUCCUUUUUUAUCAGUCCUUGGGAGCAAGAUGCUUUUUUUUUUUUUUUUUUUAAAUUUUUAUUCCCCCUGUGUUCAGUCGCCUUGUUUCCUUGGUCCCUUUUCCCCUCAUUGCUUUAUACCAUGUUCAUAAAUUUAUUUUUGGGGAGGGGUGAGAACUGAGUAAAAAUUUAGUGGAAAUCUCUAACCAUUUUCUGUUCCCAAGUCCAUUCUUCUCCUCAUCUGACAAUAAAAUACACUUUGUAAGAUCCUGUGGUCUAUUUGGGGCAUGAUUGCCCUUUGGCUGCCAUUACUGGCGGAAGCUGGGAGCAUUAGACCUUGUGUGAUAGUGCAUAGCAAACUAGCGUUUUCUCCCUUUUUUUUAUUUGUUUUUUCCUGUGUAUAUUGGGCUCAGAGAUUACUGUUUCCUUGUGAAUACAGAGGGAUAGCAUUUACCAACAUGUAUCAGUCUAAUUUUUUUUUUUCUUGUUUAAAAAAUGAUUAAAAAGUACAAAAAAUAUUGUGGGUGGGUUUUCAGAGAUAACCAGAGGGGAGGGGCGGGAGGGUUAGGUUGGGCAUUUUGGAAACAUGGCUUUCUCUUUGGCAUGUUUGUGAUGUUUUGCGGGACAUCCAUGCAGUUUAAGACACUUUUAAAAACAAAGGCAAAUAAACACCCGGUUGUCUUUUUAGCCUUUACACCUUGCAGAUACCCAGAAGACCAUGCAGGGUAUUAUUGGAAAUAGACUUUCUCAAAUUGUAUUUUUUUUUUUUUUCUGGAAAGGAUAAAUGCUCAGUUUUAAACGUUAAAGUGUACAAGUUGCUUUGUUACAAUAAAACUAAAUGUGUACACAAAGGGACUGCUGGUUUUCACUCGGAUGCUCUUUCCCUCCCUCCCUGUAGGUUUUCAUGAACAUCCAUAUUUUUUUCUAAUUUGAUAUUUAAUGUUUUUGAUACAGGGCAUUUUGUAGUAACCGCCAGAAUGAUCCAGCCUAGCAGUGUGUAAGGCAUUGCUGUGGUUCUGCUAUAUGUACAGUCAGCACCGACACUCCAUCACAAAUGGAGACUUUGUGGUAAUAAAUUUUGUAAUUUGCUUGGCAAAAAGGUGUUAGUGGCACUUAAUCUGAUUCCUAGUCUGUCAUAAAUAUACAUAUUGCUGUCAGAUUUUGCCUGUCAAUCAACACUACAAAUAAAGUCAUUGGUGUCAUC